GCAGGGCGUGCGCUCGCUACCCGCAGCCGGGGCUGGGCCGGAGCCGGGUGAGGACUGGAGCCGGGGCCAGACCGGGUUCAGCGGGCGAGGGGCAGCAGCCACAGCGGGGCAACCAGGCCGCACCGGGCAGGGGACGGCGGGCGUGGUGUCUGCGGUCUCCUGAGCCCCGAUGUGAGGCGGCGGCGACCCCGGCCCGAGCGCGCACCAUGGGGGCCCUGCUCGGCGUGGCGCUGGGCGCCCUCCACUACCUGGCACUUUUUCUGCAACUCGGCGGCGCCACGCGGCCCGCCGGCCACGCGCCCUGGGACAACCACAUCUCCGGCCACGCCCUGUUCACAGAGACGCCCCACGACAUGACGGCGCGGACGGGCGAGGACGUGGAGAUGGCCUGCUCCUUCCGCGGGAGCGGCUCCCCCUCCUACUCGCUGGAGAUCCAGUGGUGGUACGUGCGGAGCCACAGGGACUGGACGGACAAGCAGGGAUGGGCCUCGAACCAGCUAAAAGCAUCUCAGCAGGAAGACGCAGGGAAGGACGAGACCAAAAUAAGUGUGGUCAAGGUGGUGGGCAGCAACAUCUCCCACAAGCUGCGCCUGUCACGGGUGAAGCCCACGGACGAAGGCACCUACGAGUGCCGUGUCAUCGACUUCAGUGACGGCAAGGCCCGGCACCACAAGGUCAAGGCCUACCUGCGGGUGCAGCCGGGAGAGAACUCCGUCCUGCACCUGCCCAAGGCCCCGCCCGCAGCGCCUGCCCCGCCGCCGCCCCCUAAGCCCGGCAAGGAGCUGCGGAAGCGUUCGGUGGAUGAGGAGGCCUGCAGCCUCUAGACUGAUGCCCAGCCCGCCGCCGGCCCGCCCUGCGCCCCUACGGCUGUACCGAGUGCAUGAGGAGCUGUUGGACCGCUGGGGACAGGACUGCCCGGGUCCAGCUGCCUCCCCAUCCCGAGACGGCCCGUGGCCCCCACGUCGGCCCUCCUCCCACCACCCCUUGGCUCAGCAUGUAAGGCCCGCCCAACCCUUCCCCUUCAGACCCUCCCCGUGACCUGGCUCAGAGACGGUGGCCCGGGCACUGAGGGGACAACCGCCCCGGAACGCCGGGAUGGGGCACCAGGCCGGGGCCGGGCUGCCCCCUUGUGUCACCAGCUUCAGUAGAGUCCAGUGUUUCGCUUUGCUUGCUUGUCCCCCAUCCCGUCCCAAGCCGGGGCCUCCCAGCCUCACUCCUCCUCCUUCCAACCAUCCCCUGCUUGGACCUGGAGGUGUGGACAGUGACCCCUCCCCAAAUUCGGACUUGAAUCUUCUGAGCAGAACUGGGGCCUCUCCUCUGGCAAAGAACUGGGAGCAGAGCCCCCAGGAGAGCUGUGGCCAGUUGCCAGGGUGGCUCACAGGGGCCCUGGGAGGAGAGGGAGACCCCACUGCCUCCAGGUGGGUCCUUCAUUUCAGCCUCCUUAUACUAAGAAGCAGCUCCCUGCCCGCCCCGGGGCAGGAAUCUGCCCCUUCACAUGGCAAGUCGGAAGGAGGGCCUUUCCUUUCUCACCCCACGGCCCCAUGCAGAGUUCUGCACCAGCAGGACCCCUCGAGGGGCUUCGAGGCUCUCCAGGAACCCCCUCUGCCAGCUCCUAAUGUCCCAGCCACCUCCCAGGAGCCAUGCCGAAUCCACCCAAGGGCCUGGGGCUGUUGGGAGCCGAGGGCCCCCCAAUACCAAUCCCCUCACAAUUCCUGAUCGGGGGGCACUCACCCCCUGGUGAUUUGUAAAUACUUCUGUUGGGCCCAGCACCCCUUCAGAACUGGCUCAAACCUCUGGCCACACCUCAGCGAUGGAGUCGGGGGACGUGGGGGAGGCUUUGCCUAGGGGUGUGUGGGUUACCCUGUACACAUGAUCCAGUCCGUGACUACCAGCCAACCUAAAUAAAGCGGUUUAAAAAA